CCAUACCAAUCCCGUAUAGUUGUUUUGGAUAGACAUGUGGCUGAAUCUCCAGUUCAGUCAGAUUCGCAGCACAUCGUCACUAACAUGCCCUCGUUCCAAACCCUCAGGGUACAAUAUAGUUUGGCUCUGAAACGCUUUGCCGAGUCCCCCCAAAAUUUUGAGGUCAUCACUUCGGUGCCCCACCAACCGUCCUCUUCCUCUAUCCCUGAAGUCCUUUAUGUCUUAGACUCCUCCUUCAACCCUCCGACUCUCGCGCAUCGCAGCAUCGCAACCUCGGCCCUGCGAGAGAAUCCCAGAACCCCUUCCCGGCUUCUCCUCCUCCUGGCAACCCAAAAUGCAGAUAAACCCUCGAAACCGGCCUCCUUCGAGGAUCGCCUGACGAUGAUGGAAUUGUUUGCCCACGGCCUGCUUGCGGACCUGAAACCCGUCCCAGACCAUCGAUAUCUCUCGGGAAUCGACAUUGGCGUCACCAAGAAACCCUACUUUGUGGACAAGGCCGCGGAAAUCGAGUCGGCAGGCGUUUACCCCCCCUUCGUCGAGCAGGUCCAUCUCACCGGAUACGACACGUUAAUUCGAAUCUUUAACCCCAAGUACUACCCGCCAGAACACACGCUGCGGCCACUGGGGCCCUUUCUAUCCAAGCAUCGGCUCCGAGUCACCAUGCGCCCGGAUACGGAAUGGGGGACCAGAGCCGAACAGGAGGCCUACCUGCUCACCCUCGCCCAGGGUGGGAUGGAUGACCAGGGCGCAAACCGCGAGUGGGCCCAGCGCAUCCGUCUGGUGGAAGGGAAGACGCCUGGCGAACGAUCGGUGAGCUCGACUCGAGCCCGAGAAGCUAUCCUCGCCCACCCGCACGACCUGGAAUGGUUGGUUCUACCGGAGAUCCGAGACUUUGUUAUCUCUGAACGACCUUAUGCCGAGUAGUGAAUGGCCACGUAGUUACGUUAUUUAUGAAAUAUGAAUGGUCAGAAUUAACAUGCUAUUUCUUUCUUGUUUGCGAUACGUGGUUGGACAAGAUGGGGGGGGGGGG